AUAUCUUCGGCACUAAUUUCAAAAACGUAUAAAAAUUAUUAAACACGACAAAUAAUAAAACCAGAUUUGUUUCGUUAUUUUAACAUCCGCUUGUAGUACAUCACCACUGGCGCCAUUUUGGUCCGUUUGUCAAAAAGGUUGGUCCAGCUCGUGUACCAGUUUUAUGUUUGUCUAGGUAUAUUGACAUGAUGCGCCCGUUUAUUGAUUCUAAGGCCGACCAGGAUAAAAAGUUGUUCAUCGGUGGUUUAAGUCCCAAGACCGAUGAAAACUCACUCAAAAAUUAUUACGGUCAAUGGGGUGAAAUUAUUGACGUUGUAGUUAUGAAGGAUCCUAGAUCUCAGAAAUCCCGAGGUUUUGGUUUUGUGACAUAUAAGGAUUCCUCAUCCGUUGAUGCUGCACAAAACAAUCGCCCACAUACUGUAGAUGGAAAAGAGGUAGAUACCAAGCGUGCCAUGCCCAGAGAAGAAACAAGCCCUGAGGUUCAUGCUGCAGUGAAGAAAAUAUUUGUAGGUGCUUUGAAGAAAGAUGUGACAAAUGAAGACCUAAGUGAUUACUUUUCUCAAUUCGGGACUGUAACUGAUGCUCAGAUUGUUAUAGCUAAAGAUACGAAUACAUCACGGGGGUUCGCGUUCGUUACUUUUGAUGACACAGAUGCAGUAGACAAAGUUAUCCUAGCUCGACCACAUACUAUCAAAGACUCCAAAGCAGAUGUACGUAAAGCGCUCAGCCGAGAAGAAAUGAAUAAAAUGAGGUCCAAACCUGCACCUAUGAGAGCAGACUAUAAUGGCGGUGGCUGGCACGACAAUGCAAAUGGCGGUUUCCAGCCUCAGUCAUGGGAUCAGGGCUAUAAUCAACCUUACGCACACCAACAGCCUUAUGCUUAUAACGGAGGAGGCUAUGGUUAUGGCGGUUACGAUGGAGGUUGCCCUGCAGGUGGUUGGCCUAAUGCAUCUGAUGGGUUCGGUAAUUAUCAGCAACAAGGCUAUGGUGGUGGUCCGAUGAGAGCAACACCUGCAACUGCACAGUAUCCCCGUCCUGCUCCAUAUUCCGGCAAUGGUUGGCAACAACGUUGAAGUUAAUUUUGUUAUUUCAAUACCAAACGCCUAGUGCAUUUUGACAACUUUUUAUCACUUGCUGUAAAAUAUACAAAUCAGUUAUUCUGCUAUUGCCUUGUACUCCCAGCCGCUUGAUGCUAAUGUUGAGAAGCUAGUUAGGUCGCUAUUGGAAAAAGAUAAGGUAUGGCACAUUUGCGACUCGUCACAUCGAUCCCCAGUUGUAUACUCAAUACGGAGAAGAAGUUCCCGUAAGACUCCAUGGAGAACUGGAUUGUGUUGCAGCAAGGAGGUUACAAUCAAUUCAAAGAUGGUCAGCAAACAAGGUGGGUUUGAAGCUAGCGAUUUUGGGUUGCACUAAUUCUGUUCUUAAGCAAGAAUUAGAUGGCACGUACUAGUUCUCUAAUUCCUAAGUAGAUAUAAAGAUUUACUAGGUUAAGCAUUUGGAAUUUUAGUCUUCAGAUAUGUAGGUUUGUGUUUGGAUGUGCGAUUCAACCUCUGUAGUACUUAUAUCAUUAGGCCUUUGUACUGCAUUCAUGUCGUCGAAUCAAAUACUAGUGUAUUUCUUUCAUGUGCGCGGCGUGCCGUUACCUGAGAGGUAAUAACCCUACCGUAAUUUAGCCUCCCUUAACUCGAACUCCUCCAGUUACUUCGUUUCGGUUAAGUAAUCUUAGAGUAUUUAUGUAUAAAGGUCUAGCUGCUAAUAGAAUAAUUGAAAGCAUUUCGUGAUAUAACUAAUCAAAUGCUUUCGUCAUCCACUUGUAGACGGUGAGCUGGACUCCUUACCAUCUGGCUUAACGCGAGACGAGUGCAACCAAUUUUUCGCAUCAAUCGACGCAACUGAUGAAUCCGAUGGUUUUCUACACGAUAUUUGUGUUUUGUUUAGGGAUAUUGGUGAAUAAAAGUUCUUUGUUUCUACCUGAAAGGAUUUUGUUUCAAAGUUUUUGAACAAUAUAACAGAUACUUUUUGAGGG